AUGAGGGUCCUGGCAGCUGCCCUGGCUGUUCUGCUCCUUGUGGCCAUCUGCUCCCUGGCUGAGGCUGAUCCCAGUGUCUCCAGCAGUGCUGCACCUUCCAAGAAGAAUGUCAAAAUCCCCACCCCCUGCUGCUUCUCCUACAUUUCACGCCCCAUUCCACGCAGCAUUAUCAGCUCUGCCUACAAGACCAGCAACUUCUGCCCGCAGCCAGCUGUGGUCCUGGUCACCAGGAAAGGAAGGAAGGUGUGUGCAGACCCCAGUGCUCACUGGGUGCAGGAAUACCUGAAGGACUUGGAGCUUCAGGAGUACUGA